AUGGAGACAGCUUUCGGUGUUGUGGGUAUUACUAGCAUGGCGAUACACAGUAUCAACAGUCUGAUCCAGGAUAUCAAUGCUGUCAAAGAUGCACCGAAUGUGAUAGCUGAUCUCAAAGAUGAGCUGAUAGCCAUGGAGGCGGUUCUUGUGGCUUUGGAUAAUGCGCGCAAGAACUCCCAGCUUGAAAACCUCACAGCCGAUGUGCAGGUGGCUUUGCAGUUGGCCAAUACCAACUGCCAAAAGUCCUGCGAAAAGUUUCGACUGAAGCUGAGGCAGUGGACUAAGCACUCUGAAGACGGUCUCCACUGGCGAGAUCGCUUUCGCGUCGGCUUAUUCGCUGAAAGGUCCGUCAAGGCUUUGAGUGCACAGCUUAACUGCAGCAAGUCAACUAUGAACGCAGCGGUUAGCACAGCAGCAUUGUAG